AUAUAGGGCACUAUGUUCUACUUUGAUAUUGUUAUUAUGGGUAAACUGAUUAUAUUGUGCUAUUUCCAGUGUGCAAUUUGUCUUUGGAUGCAGGCCCAUGUGAUGUUAACUCUGUAAUGUUCUAUUAUAAUUCUGAUACUAAAACCUGUGAGAAGUUUAACUAUGGUGGUUGUCUUGGAAAUGCCAAUAGGUUCUAUGAUUAUCGGGAAUGCGAGGCAGCUUGUCACGUGGAAGAUCAAUCACCAGAAGUAUGUGAUCAACCAAGGUCAAUCGGAGACUGUCCAUUUAAAUUCGACCAGUACUUCUACAACCAAACAACAAAUGAAUGUGAACCGUUUGUGUACACUGGUUGCUAUGGAAACAAUAAUCGGUUCCAUGACCGUGAUAGUUGUGAGGAUCUUUGUAAAAUACCAGAAGAUGACUGUAAGCUCCCAGCAGAUCCAGGAGUUGGUCCUUACAGUGCCUCAUUCUACCACUAUAACGCACAGACGGGCUCGUGUGAAACGUUCCUCUACAAAGGAGCCUUGGGUAAUAGAAACAGAUUCUACGAGAAAGAGGAAUGUGAAGAGUAUUGCAAGCAGUUGGCUUAAGUCAAUGGAAUUUUUGAAGAUUUGACAAUCAGUGAAAAUAAAUUGACGAUACGAUUGGUGGAUGCCAUAUUAAAAGGAUUGACUCAUUUUGCAGAUAUUCUUUAUUAAAGAUGUCUGAAC